GAUUUGACAACCAGUAGAUUUGAACCGCUGCUCCUGCAUGUCAGCAUCGUACUGGAGUUAGCUUUAGCUAACCUCUGAGGUAAAGGAAUACCACGGUAGUCACUCGAUACGUUAAUACGGGGAGAGCAGACCGGAUCUACCUUUGAGGAGCUCUUUUCUGAAGUUGAUCCAGGUGAGUGUGUGAGCAGUUUUAGCGUUUUAGCAUUAGCUUCUGUGCUAAAGGAGAGCAUGGGAGCUGCUGAAUUAUCUGCGGACUGAACAUCAGCUGCUCAGCGUUCCUACAGCCAUGGCAACGAGAUAACAGCAGCUUUACAUGGAGCAGGUUUAUUCUGUGAUAUCUGAUGUCUGUCCAGGACUUCACGAACAUUAUUGUACAAUAUAACGUCGUCACUGCGCUAAUUAUGCUAACUUCAGAAUUGUUGGCUACAAACUAUAUCGACUGUCACAUUAACAGAUUCGUUUGGGAAAUACUAGAAAAUCCACGCCCUCAUAAGAUGAGCAAGUUAUUGAUCUACUUCUGUUUGUAUUUUUGCGAAUUUCUUAGAGACAUAUUGAUUGGGACUGAUGUGCCGGUGAAUUCUGCUACCAGUCGAUUUGUGCCCCUUUGCGCAUGCGCAGAGAUCUUCAGCACUCGCAAUAAUGCCGAUAAUUUAUGCAAUCAAGCUUCUAAACCUUUUUAAAGCUGUUUUUAAUAGCAUAUUAAUUCUGCUGUGAGUGUUAUAAAGCUGGUAAUGAAGUUCAGCAUGUUGAAUCUGUAAACAGACGCAGCUUAUUGUAGCAUAAGAUGUGUUUGUUACUCUCAUUUUAGCCAAAAUUUAGCUGUUGAAAUGGAUAAGAAAAUGUUAAAUUUAAAUAUACGGUAAAAACAGAGGAUGUCUCGAUGUUUGAGCAUUAAUUUAAACGGUUUUAGAGUUGGAACAUUAUUUGAUAGGGUAGCAGAACUCUGCGGAACACCGGGUUCACUGGGAGAAAACGUUAGCAAGAGCACAACGUUAGCCGUUAGCUUCAUGCUUUUACAAGUUGUAUGAAUGUCCUGUGUUUAGUAACAUAAAUUAUUAGUAAAGUUGUAAUCAUAUGGUUAUAUCUAUUCGUGGUCGUAUAAUUGGUCGUACAGAGUUCGUGUGCGGUUGUAACAGACGCUGUUUACUCUCUUAGCAAGCUAGCUAACAGUUAGUGGGCUCGUCUUGAAUGUACGGAAGCCCUAAACAGAUCUGGUUCAUGGACGUUAUUAUAAUAAUUGUAUUGUUUGACCUUGUUAACAAGUUCAUUAAAAUGUUUUCUUCGGAUCUGGACUUAAUUUAAGAUGAUUAUAACAUUCAGGUUUGCAAAAACAUCUGCUGAGUGUAUCUUCUUAGUUGAAGCAAUAACAACAUGUGCUGGUCUAGGUCAUUACAGGGAGCAGCUUAUUAUCUAAUUUUCUAAAUUACUACAUAAUUAUCAAGUGGCAGCCCUGCUUUUUUGUCCAGGUAGUUUGAUAGACUUUAACAGUGUUUAAUUCCACUCUGGGCUUCUGUACAUUUCCACAGUCUACAUAUUUUUUUCUUAUCCCUCUCACAGACUCUAGUAAUAUCUCUUCUAUCUUAUUUUAAGUCUAAAAAAUGUUUUGAGUAAUGAGAGUAAAAGACCUCACAAAUCACUAAGAUAACAGGACUUAGGUUGGAUGUUAUGAAGAUCUAUUUACAUAGUGUCGUACUGCAGUGACGCUCAUUUCCAUGUUCUCAUAAAAAAUUUGAAUGCCAUCUAAAUGUGUUAAAUUAGAAUAUUAUUUGCAUAAUCCAGGUCAGUGGAGUUUUACACACCUUGCUUGUUGAAGUUUGUGUUGGUUGAGGAGCUGCAAGAAGGAAAAUGUGCUGUACAUAAUUCACAUGCUCGAAACUUCUCAGUCUAAAUUUCUUUUUUAGUAUCUAAUGACCUCAAGAUUAUUAUAACUUUAUGUAUUUAAAGGGAUAUUCCGGUGAAGUUAGGUGCUGUUCUGAGCAUUAUUUGUGGCUAUAGAGUGGUGUUUUGGUUGAGCGCGUGGCUCUCUGUAUUGCUAUAGUGCGGUUGUUACUAAAGUUGGUAUAACUAGUGAAGGAAGAGGUCGGCAACAUUCAUCUAUGGAGGGGGUGUCUAACUCAGUGUUACAGUGUGUUUGACCCUAAAUUAAUUUUACGCCUGAAUACCCCUUUAAUGUCAGAGGCGUGUUCGUCAUUGUGUCGGCAUCCCUGCUGGUGUGUUCCAAGCAGGUGAUGUUGUGAUCCAGUUGCAUCAGCCCCAUCAUCCUUUCACAUGUCUUGUGGUAGAGAUUUCACCAUUUUGACUUUUCAUGAUCUGUUGCUCAAGUUUGGAAGAAGAUCACUUUUGACCUUUCACCAAGUUUGGUAACGGUCAGUUGAAAAAAUGUGGAUGGCUCUCAGAUGGCCAUAACCAGGACUUGGUCGAUUGCCAAGUAUCGGGAUGCUGCAAAUUAUUCGCAGGAUUGUGAAAGAUGUUGCACAUAGAGUGAGCAUGAGGGCGCAGUGUGAAAGUUUCCCUCGUCCUUCGUCUGGAUUAUGUGUCAGAGAUCCCGGUGUGAAGACGUGCUUACUGUAACACAUCCUUCUUUAUUGCAGUAGAGUUACUUAUUGACAGGGCAUUUCCCUCUUCUGUCAACAGCCGUGGCUGUAAAAGGCUGUGUUGCUGUAAUCUGCUCCUCCACAUGGAGCUCGUCUCAACGUUUACAGCAGGACUAAUGGGAGUAAUUGAUCAAAGGAGCAUGCCUCCACAUUAUGCAACGAUGGGACUGAAUGGUGAUGCAGUUAUGUUACGGAGAGUGGACACAGCCUGACGCUUUCUGGAAUGUCUGGAGUUUUUGGCGCUCAGGUCUCCACUCGAGGAUAAUUCAUUUGGCAUGUAGAUGACAGAGAACAUUACGGAUUAUGUCAUUUGAAUCUAUUAGCCCUGGGGAUGCCUUCAAGCUGGGUAUUUUAGGAGGGGUGGAAAAGAGGUGAGCUGGUGAGAUUACCUCUUUCAAAACCUUCCAAUUCAGAAAAACAUGAUUUUAAAAUGCACGUUCUUGGAUUUGAAAGUGUUCAUCUGAAUCUGCAGGUGAUGAAGUUAAGCUGCAGUGACUCACAGGGAUCUUCCUAACUUAAUUUGAGCCUGCAAUGUGACACACUGUCAUGCUCUUCGCUGUGUUUUUGAUUGUGAGUGAGUGAGUGUGCUGGGUCCUCACGUGGGAGCCCGUAUAGACCGGUCUUUGUUGGACUAUGAGUUGCGUAGCAUGUGUAAGCAAAAGCAUGGAGACCUUUUCCACGCUGCUGUUAUAAAGAUGUGUUUGUGGUCAAGCAGAAAUGUUUUCCUGCACGCCUCUGCUGGUGUAUCCUGGGAUUUCCUCAAAGUUGAGGAGGAGAACUUGAACUCAUCAGCUUAAAACUCCAGUCUAUCUGCUCUCUGCCAGUGGUUAGUCCAAAGUUUUGCAUAUAAAGGCCUCCUCACACUCGUCACGCUCCUGAUUGUCUGGGCAUGCUUCAACACAGAGCAAAAACUGCCCACAGGCUGUGAACAGAGUCAGAGGGAGGUAGCAGGGGGUGGCCGGAGGCCCUGAGCCCUGCGCGCUGUGUUUCCGAUCGGCUCAAUCCCGGAUUAGUUCACUGACGGAGAUGCUGCUGAGCCUUUUGCCAAAUCAGGUCUCAUUGCUACACCCACGGAGCCGCACGGCACGCAGCACACAGGACACAGGACAGCUGAGCGAUGGAAGCUUUCACUGGAAGUUCCCCCUCAUCGGACAGUGAGCAGAACUUGGCCGAGAGCAGAAAUGGAGAUCAGAGAGGUUUCACUUCAAAGCCCUGUUUGACCCUUUCAGAAGCCAUUGUGCAAGCCUGCCAGGAGUUUGCUGUAUUUACUGUAUAGUGUAUUUAUAACAGCAGAUCAAGAGACUCCUGAGGUGAAUUCCUCCCAGGGAAUGUUUCCGUCGCUCCCGGGGGGACGAGACGAGCAGUCGCACACUCUGUCCAAGUCCAGAGGGGAGCUGCAUGUGAACCACAAGGCUCAGCUUCAGCUCAAAAACGCCACCGCUGCUGCUGCUGCUGCUUUCAAGGGACUCAAAGGGCAGCGAGGGAGAGAGGUAACCUGGCCUCCCGUUAUCAACAGGUACGAUCAGAACAGUCCAUGCUUGUGCGGGGGACACAGUGUGAUGUGACAGAGCUGUUUUGUAGCGUCUUUGGCUCAGUUAGCUCCUAAUUGGCAUCACAUGAGAAGCUGUUAAGGUGGAAGUGUUGGACAGGAUUAGAUACAGAACAAAUCCAGCAGCAGCAGCAGCAGCAUGUGUGCCAGCAGGGCGGCUAGUUCAAUAUUGUAACGGAGCAAUGUGUAACUACAACCACUGAUAGGCGGCGUUGAACCUGCCUGCUGAGCAAACACAGAGACGAGCUGAGAUUGGGCAGGAGAGUCAACAGGAGAUGGAGGAGAUAGGAGGAGGUGGAGGGGCUGAGGUUGUUUGAAGUUUGAUGGAGCGGAUCGUGGGCUCAGAUUUAGACUUUUAAAAUCAGGAUAUUUUAUGGAGAAGGAGGAGACCAAACUCUUCCUAAACAUGUUGUUUAUUUGGGGUGAAACAUGUUACCGGCCGAGGUGGUGCAUAUGUAGGGUUGCUCGAUGUUCAUCAAGUGUCCACUGGGAGUGUAUAUUCUUCCUUUUCAGUGUUAGCUAACAGGUCAUGUAGUUUUAGGGGCUGGAAAGGGUUUGUGGUUUUGCCUGUUUAAUGUUCCAGAUUAAAGUUCUAGAUCUCUUUAAACGACAGAUUCUGAACGUCCUUUCUUGUUGACGGUGUUUUCGUUCGGCUUCUGUUUGCAGUUUGUUUCCUUCGAUGUCACUGUUGCUCUUCAUAGCUGCUCCAAGCUUUUCUACCGCUUUAUCCCUGCGACAUGAUUGGCUGUUAGUUUUCUUUAUUCUUCUUUUCUUUAAUUAUAAGCUUUAUCUACCAUUUAAGGCAUAUUAGAGCACCCCUCUCUGGUGUUUGCGUGGUGUACGCAGAAGUGUCCAGUGUUGCCAACUCCUCUGUAAGGAAAGUCGCUAGUGGCUGUCGAAAAAGUCGCUGGAAGUCGCUAGAUGACGUCAUCGCCUAAUUUGCAUAAUUUCUCAGUCAAACCCGCCGCAAACCCCCUCUGGGAGGAGGAGGAGCGAGCAGAAUUCAUGCGAGUGUGAGCCUCUUUAACUUUUAUUCCACAUUUGUUGUUGGCUCGACUACCUGGAGGUAAAGAAGCACAGAUGAGUGUUUUGCAGGAUGGCACAGUUUAGCAGAUUUUUGAGAACAGUGGACUGUGUCUUGGUGAUGGUAACCACUCAAUCUGAGCAAAAACAAAGGAAUUCAGACUUGUUCUCCCCGAUGGAUUCUCUUUUUUGCACAUUAUAUCGCCCCCUGUGGACAGUGUGGUACUACCUUGUUGAGGUCUGCUGCUAAAUUGUCCUGCACAUGUAAAACUGGUGUAUCUGGACAGGCCAAUCUCAUCCAUUUAUUCCAGUCUCAAACCUCCUCACUGGAGCUUUCCUGUGUUUGUUUUUAAACAGUCGCUGAACCUCCAGAUUAAAGUCUGUUUGUCUGCUGAAUAAUUCAACAAGAUUGAUAUUUUUACCCCGACUGUGUUCAACAUUGUUUCUGGGAUUUCUGAAUCUAAUUCAGGCUGCUCGGGUUCAUAGAUGUGUCAGUGUAGAAGCUGCAUUACUUAUUUAAAAGAUGGUGAAAAUAUCCCCCCCUAAGUCAGAGGAGCCUAGAUAUUCAGUUCUCCUUUAUUGAACAAAUGUGCUUAGUAAUGUGGUUUUAUUUUACCGAAACAACUGUUUUUUAGAGUCUGUGUUAGUCCAGCAUCUGUAAAUACACUCACAGACUUACUUAAAUCCUCCUUUCUGCAGCUUUGGCUCUCACUGUGCUUUUCUCUCUGAGCAGCGGUGAGAAUUACUCUCCCUGUCCGGUAACAAAAGGCUCUUAUCACCAGGAACACGGGUUGUGUUUUCCUUUUUUUUUUGUCUUCAAACCCAGGUGUGAUCGAUGAGACGUGCAUGUGUUUGCUCGAGGGGAGCUGCUGAGCCGGAGUGGCUUGUUUCCUACUGGUGGGAAUGUGUCCACACCUUUCUGUGCUGCUGCUGAAUGAGCCGUGUGUUUCAGUUCUGUUGGACAUGUGAUCUCAGUGUGAGCGGGUCUGAAGGAAAAACACCACGCUUCCAGUCAGCAGUGUGUAGACCAACACAUGGAGGGUGUGUAACUUAUUAGGUGUCCAGGACAGAGGUGUCCUAUAAGAGCUGUCCACUCGGAGUGUGUCUGUGUGGGUUUGAGCACAGUCUUAUUAUUUUAUUUCAUCUUAACUUUAACUCUAUAACUCUGACUCCUGGUUCAGGUUUGUUUAAACUUCGGUAGCAGUAUUGAAUUUCCCUUCGGGGAUGAAUAAACUUCUUCUUCUGCUUCUUCCUCCUCUUCUUCUUCUACUACUACUACUACUACUAAUUCUACUUCUACUGCUUCUUCUACUUGUACUUCCCUUACUUCUUUUUCUACUACUUUUCUUCUUCUUUUUCUUCUUCUAUUGCUUCCUCUACUACUUAUUCCUCUCAUCCUGCUACUUCUACUACUGCUUCAUCUUCUACUUCUUCUUCUACUACAACUUCUUUUUCUUCUUUUUCUACUACUACUUCUACUACUUCUUCUGCUGCUGCUUCUUCUACCACUAUUUUUUCUACUACUUCUGCUUGCACCUUUUUUUACUACUUCUUCUUCAACCACUUCCUCUACUACUUCUUUGUCUUCUUUUUCUACUACUACUUCUUCUUCUUCUACUACUUUUUCUUCUACUUCUUCCUUUUUUCCUGCUACUUCUUCCACUACCGCUUCUUCUUUUUCUUCUUCUACUUCUUUUUCUUUUUCUACUACUAUUCUUCUUUUUCUUCUACUGCUUCUUCUACCACUUCUUUCUGUUCUACUAGUUCACUAGUUUUUCUACUACUACUUCUUUUUCCACUUUGUCUCCUACUCCUUCUUCUCCUUCACCUCGACAUCAGCUCAAUCUCAGUCAUUUAUCAAACAAACUUCAGGCAAAUAUUUUCCUAAAAGGUUCUCAAAUCCCUUAAUGACGACAAAUCUUCUAAUCAUCAGGAAAAACAAAAAUAUUUCAGCUGAAUCUUUCACCUUUAGUUUUUGAGCUGCUUAGAUUUUGCACAAAGAAACACACCAACAUGAGAAUCUGUUAAAACUGAGUCCUGAAACGACCCUACACGGUUCAUAUCUCACACAUCUGAACUACAAACACUGAAUGAAGCAGGUUCCUGUUAAAACUCAGUUUCUCUGAAGCUAAUCAACAGAUCUGAGGGGGAUAUGCUAACUUAAGAUCCAGACAGAGUACUUAAACACAAAGAUAAGUAUGAUCACGUUGUUAAAUUUGACCCUUAGCACUUCAGUGUAGUGAGUAUGAACAGUCAUUUUUUUAAAGGCAUUUUGUUGACACUUGCAGCUCUAUAGAAAGAACCUACAUCUGCUUAUGCUAAUGUCAGUGUAUUCAAAAGGGAGAAACCCUCCUGUCUUAUAUUUUGGCUUUUUUUUCUUAACAGAUUCACUAACUUCAGUUGAACCAGGUUGAUCCAACACCAAACACAAUUUUCAUUAUCCGUUAAUCAGCUGGUUUCAUUUCAACUCUGUUAAAUCGAUGUUACUCUCCUGUUAAUGGUCUAAAAAAAUGGUAGAAUGUAAAAAGUCAAAGUCGAAUGAAUUCUCAGGAAAGUCGUUGCCUGAUACUACAAGAACAAAAUUAUAAUUUUACUAAAAUAAAAAUUAAAGUACAGUCAUAAUGUUAUUACGGGAAUCAAGUUUUAUAGUUGUGUCAUUUCCUAAUAUCACGUGAAUAAACUCAUAAGAGGAGAAAAAAGUGAAGGAGAAGUCCAAAGAUUUUGAGAGUAAAGUGGAUUAUUAUUAUUAUUAGUCAUGAGUACAGACCCAGUAAAGUCAUAAUAAUUAAAGUAUAAAGUCAGCUGAUCUGGUAUUCCCCCUCUAGAACAGCUGUAAUAAUCAUGGGCUUUAAUAAUGACUUUAUUCCUCAUGUACAAUCUUUAAAUUCUGUCUUACUGACUCAUUAAAAACUUCUCUUCUAAUCAGUUUUUUCUCUAACUUGCUCCCUCUGCUCCUCCAGGUCCUUGGAUGCUCCACGGCGCACCGUCCUCGGCCGCGCAGUGCUUCCCAAUGGCCGGGAGUUGACCCCGCCCACCAGGAUGACGCUGCGCGAGCAGCUGAGAGAGAAGAUCUCGGCGGCCUUCUACCGCCACGGGCUGCUGUGUGCCUCCUACCCAGUACCCAUCAUCCUCUUCACCUCCGCCAGCAUCCUCACCUGCUGGUAGGCGUCUUGCCUCAGAGUCUGUGUCAAAGUUUAGAUUAAAUUCUUUCAGAGAUUUUUAAACAGGAGCUGUGUUACAAAUCCUUCAAAAAUGAAAACAAGAAACUCUUUAUCUGCGCGAUUAGAGGUACAGAAAUCUUCCCCGACUGGUAGAGCUUCCGUAAAUCUGGGUAUUAGAAAGAUAUCAAUCAAAAUUCCCUUUUGCAACUGCUGUUAAGGAAGUUUUGAGUAUCUGUCAGAGCUGAAAUGUGUCUUUAGUGGUGAUUUAUUUCAGCUAGAGGGAGAUUUUAUGUUUGUGUCUGCAGCCGAGCUGAUGUUUGGAUGCUUCUGAGACCUCUGGUGCCUUUUUUUUGUGCAGCCUCCAUUAAAAUGUCUUUACAGUAGAGACAGUCUAACCAGCUCAGCUCAUCUGGACUGGAACCAUCUGCACUCACACAUCGCCCCCCCCCGCCGGCUCCACGACACAAACAUUCACUUACCACACGCACACGCUCAGAUCUCCUCAUGGUCAGAAAAGAGGACAGAGGUCAGAGAGCUGUAAAACAAUCAGCACAAUCUGGAACGAGGGCAUGCACCUGCUGCGUGCCGUCCUCAAAGCACCUUACAGUGGGGGGUGCUGACCAAAUGGACCGCUGACCACCACCCAUGGGGGGGGGGUGAAAGAAAAGGACUUGACGACAGGGAUGUUUAAGGCACAGCCAGAGCAGAGGGCUGUGAGAAAAUGGCCCUGUGAGAAUAGGAGGUCUGUCCCUCCAUCUGCCUGACAGGAGGGGGGCUGGCUCUGCACAAAAGAGGCCUUUGUGGAGGUACAGUGACCUUGGAGAGAGAGAGAGAGAGAGAGAGAGAGAGAGAGGGGGGAGGCAGUGGGAGACAUGGAUGGAGGGAGAGAGACAGAAAGGAAAAGAGGUUUCUAUCCGACCGGCAGAUUUUUAAAGGAAUAGGAGUGGAGUUUGUCCGAAUCCACAGCUGGUGAUGUUACCGAUCAAUAACAGUGACUCAGCAAAAUCCUUAUCAGCUGUAAUCUCAAACAAAGCCUCAACAUCAAUAUGUGAGAUCUGGAUCAUUUCAGGUUCAGGAAAUGAUCAUGGAUUAUUUCCACCUUGAUACAGAACCUCCUUUUUUAGGACAGAGGCACAGAGCAGUUUUAUAUACGUAAUCCUAUUUUUAUAAUCUUCUGUGCUUCAAAAUAAUCUAAUUUUCUAAUGUGAGUCUGCAGCUCAUGGCAGUUUUCAGGAAGCACAAACCCAGAGAGCUCACACAGCGAGGGUUUGAAGAGUGACAUACUGUACAUUAUUAUUCUGCAUGACUGAAGACGGCUGCAGCUACUGAGCGAGCGAGUGUGAGGAGUCAGAGAGCGCAGUUCAAACAGCUCUCAUGCAUGUGGAUGUACGUGCACGUCACCUUUGCAUGUUAGUUUUUUAAACCUGAACUUUGUCUCUCAGUAACACGGCCUCAAAUCAACUCAAAGUUUUCUCCGACUUUUUCAGGGAUAAUCUGUGCACGUGUAUUUUCACAGGUGUGCCGACGAUGUCUCGUCAGUGCCGAGUUAAGCCCUGACAAAAGCAGACAAACAUUUGAGGCCGGAUGGAAAUCCAUCAGAACUGGAGGGGAACUAGAAGCAUCUGCCAGAGCAAAUAAAACAUGAGCUCAGAGGUUUUUCAGGUUCUCAGGCUGCUACGAUUACUCAGCUGAAACACCCUUUCUUUUUUAGAAAUGACAUUUUACAACAAAGUGGAAGCUUUUUGUCCUCAUUGAUAUGAUCCCACAGUGUCUGGAUUUGAAGUUUUGAAGGAUUUCAUUUUUCUCACAUCAGGGUUGAUAAGUGAACUCUGCUGUAGCCGUGUCUCGUCUUUGUCUCGCUGACAGCUCUGAGGCCGUAGCUUCUCUCCUGAUGUCCCGACUCGACCGCCUUCUGUAAAAGCUGAUAAUGUCAUCAGACUUGAGCAACGUCAGGGGCUUAGUAACGCUUGAAUGCUAAAGGUUUUCUCUCCAACAGUUUGAAGUUAUGACUUAAUGGAAGAAGCUGUGAUUUUGGUCAUUUUGAUGUGAGUUUAAGCAGACAGGAGGCAGAGAGGAAGAACGUCGGUGUAGAAACAGACCUGUAUCUCUGUCAGAUAAUCACGCCGUGCAAAUCCAUCUUAUUAUCUUUCCAUCUCUGCUGCCACCACCGCUGAAAGCUCAGACCUUCAGCUAUGUGUCAGGGUUGCUCAACACUAUUUCAAAAUGAACCUGUUACCCUUACACACACACACACACACACACACACACACACACACACACACACACACACACACACACACACACACACACACACACACACUUCUUCUGCUGGGAAAAAAAGUGGUUUAACUUGAAGAGAACUUGUUUCAUAAUCACUCACUCACUUCCUAGAGAAAGAAAGAAAGAAGGAGGGAGGGAGGGUCUCUCUCUCUCUUUCUCUCUUCAGGUUGACAGCUGGAGGCUCUGGUGUCAUUUUUCACAAGUUUUGCAUACAGUGAACACACAAAGACAAACACACAUGAACACAAAGCACACAGCUUUAAGGGGAUGCCGUUAUCAGGCAGUCGGUUAAUUACAUCCGUCUGCCUUUACGUUUGCUUAUUCAUAUCGAUUAAUUAUAAUAAUAAUAGUAACUAAGAUAAUAAUAAUAAAAAACAAAACACAAAUAAUAAUAAUAAUAAUGAUAACAACUUUAUUUGUAAAGCAUUUUUAAAAUCAGACAUUUACAAAGUGCUUUGACUGAAAGUGAAAGAGCACGAGAGCUUCGGCACAAAAAUAAAGAGACCAUUUUCAUCUCUCAUAAGAAACCAAGACAUUACAAGAACCACGCAACAUAAAAUGAGACAACAAGGUCCAUAAAUAAAAGCUAAAGACAGAGAAUCAGUAGGAAAAGAAAAUGCAGUAAAAGACGGGGUUGAAAGCAGAAAACAUGAUAGCAAAAAUAUAAAAAGACGAUACGAAUAUUGAUGGUAACAUAAAAAUAACACAGUAAUGAUAAUGUAAUAAUGAUACGAUAGAAUAACACAAAUGGGCAAGAGACAAAAACAAUAAAUAAAACAUUAAAGGCCCAAAAUGUUAUUUAAUAAAAGAAAAAAUAGACAGUCAAGCCAAAAUAAAAGAGAUAAAAGAGAGAAAGAUAAAAGAUGGCAUCACAUAAAAGCAGGUCUGUAAAAGUGAGUUUUUAAAUUUGACUUAAAAGAAGCGACUGUCUCUGUCUCUGUCUCUGUCUCUGUCUCUUUGCGUCUUAUCUCCUCUGUCCGGUCGUUCCAAAGUCGAGGAGCUCUGAUGGAGAAAGAUCGAUCGUCUUUAGUUUUGAGCCUCGACUUUGGAACGACCAGGAGGUUUUCAGCAGAGGAUCUGAGGCUGCGAGUCGGCUCAUAAGACAUUAAGAGCUCUGAAAUGUAGCUCGGAGCACAUCCUCUGAGUGCUUUAAAAGUAAUCAAUAAAAUCUUAAAAUCAAUUCUAAAACUGACAGGAAGUCAGUGAAAGGAGGCUAAAACUGGAGUGAUGUGGAGCCGUCUACUAACACCAGUUAAAGAGUGGAAACACAUGAGAUUAGUGAUUUAAUAGUCGAUAACUCGUAUGGUUUUUAUAUAUUUUUUGGUUUCUGCAGCGACGUUAUCGUCUCCUCAAAACCUGUGAUGCAGAUUCCUCUUUUAUUUUGGGCUCAAAUUAGCUGAUUCAUCAGUUAAAAUACACUUUCAAGCAGGUAGACCUGUUUUAAUGACGAUCCCGGCAGCUCUGCUUUAAAUUUUAAACACUGACACCUGCUUUAACUCAAGAAAGAGGAGGAUGAGUCUCCUUGUCGGUCAUAAAUGGCUUCUUCUUUUUUCACCUGUCAGCGCUGCAGAGACAUAAAUCUGCGUCACACGAGGAAUCAAUCCAUAAAGUGUGUGCUCUAAAUACAAACCGCAUGUUUGAACCUGCAGAUUCCUCCUGUGACAGUUGCAGACAGAUUUACGGCUCAUUACUACACAUCCACUCAGACCUGCUGUUAGUUUUAGACGCUCAAAUACAUUAAAGCUGAUUGACAGGUCGAGAAAUAAUAGUAAUUUGCAAUUGAUUUAUAGAUGAAGUUUAUACAAAGUUAUGAUCAAAGUUAAUAAAACGCUUAAACUUUUUCAAAUGCGUGUGGUUGCUAGGAUGAUGCAGCCCGGUUGCCAAGGUGAUUUGUCUCUUUUCGCUGGGCUUGGAUGAGUUAAUCAUUUCUGUUAAAUUGGACUCAAAGGUUUACAUCUACUCCACUAAGCUUGUCUUUCCUCGUUCCCUCCAUACAUCCGAGUGUCUCCCUGUUCAGCCGCUUCUCCAAACUCGUACAAUCCAGCCUGAAUGACCCAGUUAGGACGCGGGUCGGACUGAAUGUUCCUUUGAAAACAUUUCAAUCAGAUCAAAUUGGCGCAGCGAGAGCGCUUCAGUCAUUCUCACACUCGUGUUUCAUAUCUGUAAUGCUCCCUGUGACCCCCCCCUUCCUCUCCUCCUCCCAUUAUCUCUCUCUCUCUCUCUCUGCCAGCUAUCCGUUAUUGAGGCUUCCUCUGCCUGGGACGGGUCCUGUGGAGUUCACCACAGGGGUGCGAGACUACAGCGUCCCUUCCCAUGAGCCCCAGGGAGACCUCGGUGAACGGCCUGACUGGGUAUGACGACAGAAGCUUAAAUGUACAUCUCAGAGUUAGGAGUGUGUGCGCUUUAUUCCUAAAUAAGAAUCAGAACCAGAGGGACGUGUUCGAGCCCACAACAAAGAUGGAGACCCAUAAAUAAUGCAGAUGAGCAGCAGGACCUGUGUCCAGCUUUACAGUACACCUGUGUAACCUGAGCGGUCACGUUAGAGGCUGAUUAAGUAGACAAACAGUAUCAUGUUGUGUCUAAACGUGUCACUAACAUGUUUGUGUGUGUUUGUGUGUGUAGUACCGGGGUCCUCCGGUCGCCUACAUCCAGCAGGUGUUGGUGAAGGCGGCGGUGUCUCCGUGGGACAGCAGCCUGGUGCCGGUGGACGUGUUCCGGUCACCGCUCGGUCGAGUCUUUAGCUUACUGGAGGAGAUACGCAAUCAUGUUCACUCUGAUAGGUACACACACACACGCACACACACACACACACACACUUAUACAUAUUAGUGCAUGGCCCCAAAACCCUAAAAAUUAAUCAUGUUUUUUAUUUCAUUGUUGCACAAAAUUGCAACAAUAACUCAGCUCAUGACUGUAAUUAACGUAUGAAAGGAGCAAUCAAAAUCCAAAAACGGACCAGUGGACAUUAGUAUUUAAAAACACUUCCUAUUCAGUCAGUCAGACUGAAUAUCAGAUAUAACAUGCUGAUGUUUGGGUAUAUUUAACCCCCUGUUUCCACCACACAAGCACAAAACAUCUAAUUUUGCACGUGACUUUGUUUUUCAGUUUUAGUAAGUUAAACACAGAUGUAGCACAAGAUUUUUAAAAAAGUAGCCCAUUGAAAAUCAGAAUAAACCUGCUGUCUUGUAUAAAAAGCGUCAAAUUAGGAAGUAAAAGGGAGUUUCAGUUACAUAUCUGUCCAAUCACAACAAUAUUUACGGUAAACCAACAGCUUUAAUUCUGGUUUUUAGGAAUCGGAACCAUGCAGCAGCUUAUUUUGAAUAUCAUUUGUCAGAAAUCCUUUUUUAUUGCAGAAAAACUCCCCUGUGCUGAGGAGUAACAAUGUUCAGGCAACAGUGAGAGAGUCCUAAACGCUGUAUAUACGGUAAUCAAAUCGGAAAACUUUGAUGAUAAAUUUGUUCCCUUAAGUCUGACUAAAGAUGAAAACUUGAGAUAAAAAGUGACAGCCCUAGUGUGAGCUGUAACUUUUAGUUUUAUUAAGUGACACUCAUAAAAUAACUUGUAUUUCCAGAGGCAAUUUCAGCGUAACAACAGGUGAAGUUAUGGCUUGUUUUAGUCUACCUGAAGGGCUCAAAGCUGAGAGUGCAAAAACGUCUGCAGAAAAGCAGCAUGAGAACAGGAAGAUCAGGUGGUGUGUGUUAGUAAAGCAGAGGGACGGAGAGAGCAUGGAGAGUGAAGCUGCAUCAUGAAUAAGUCCUAUCGAGAUACAAUCGCCUGCGUCAUCCAGAAACACAGUAUAAAUGCAUUUAACUGUAUUAUUAUGACAUCCAUAAUUUUGAUCUUAAUAUGAAUCAAAAUAAUCACAUUUAUCAUCAUGAACAAAACGGUGCAGCUCUCCUCUGAUAGGUCAAAGGUGGAGAUUAAGACCAGCUGAAUAUAAAGCCUCGUAUUUGUCCCUGAACCUCGGCUGCUUUCUAGGAAAAUGUUUGUGUUUCUUUAAACACCUUGAAGCAAGUCCAGCCAUGAACAAAAACUAUUUUGCCUGCAGUGUGAGAGAAGAUUACCCAUGACCCUCAGAAAUGACUCUAACUUCUCAAGAACAUGCUGUUAGUUUGACAGCUGUUCUGUACCGAGCUGUUUUGGAGUUUACCUAAAAAGUUUUAACAGUAGCUGAAGGCUGAGCGCUCCAGAGUGGCUCAGCUGCAGACUCACACUGAAGGAUAAUUGAUGUGUCUCCCCCUCUUCAUGCUCUUCACUUAUACCUCGAGGAGCCUUUUGUAUUUGUAAGUUAUCUUCUUUCUCCUCCAUCAGCUCCGGGAUCCGCAGUCUGGAGUCUCUGUGUCUUCAGGUGACGGACCUGUUUCCAGGGUUACGGCGGAUGCAGUCUGUGCUGCCAGAGCAUGGAUGCCUACUUGUUUCCCCCGGCAACUACUGGCAGAACCAGCGGGAGCUGUUUGACUCCGACCCCGACCUCCUCAAGACCAUCCAGAAACACGAACCCAAAGGUCUGCACACCUCGGCCACACUGAGAGGUGAGAUGACGGAAAAACAGGAACAGCUCAUGAAGAAGUGUCAGUUUUUUUUCUUUCUAUGGGGCUCUACAACAGAUGGAGAAAUCAAAACUUUUCAUUUAUCAAGAUGAUGGUUGGAAUAAAUAUUUAGAAAACAAACCAGUGGAGUUGAUUCAGAGGCUUUUGUAGUCCGCCAACAUUCAGCAGUAAUCAUAGGAAGGGAGUGAGCGCUGGAUUAGUGGUACCAGAGAGUUAAGAGGCUUUUAUUGACAGAGAACAAGCCAUUUCAUUCCUCAUAAACUUAUUGAAUUCUCUCAAACUUUACCCACUGACACAGUGACCACAUCUCCCUCCCUCUCAGUUUCACUAAAGCCAGCUCAGCAUUCUGCCUCACCGUCCAGCUCCAGUGAUUUAAACGGGGAAAGCUUUUUUUUUUCAGAAGCUGUAGUCAGGGACAGUUUGGCAGACAGCUACAGACAGACUGAUAACUCUUCUCACACUGAGCUGGAGGACAGAGGGUCUGAUGGUCUUUUAGGAGUCUGGGUGAUAAAUCCCUCUGAAGCCUUCAAAAAUCUGGGUUUUUGCUUUAUAUGUUGUUAAUGCAGUUGCUUUUGCAGGUUUUGGACCUCUGCAUCUGUUUUUUUAAGUUUAUUUUCUCUGUAUGAUUGGCCCUUGACAGCCACCGUAAUAUCCAAUUUUUAGGGCAUUUUAGCAGGAAGUUAGCAAUUGUUAAAUUGAAGCCAAGACGCAUUGGAUCAUAUCAUAUCAUAUCAUAUCACAUAUCUACAUUUCUCAUAUUACUUUUCAUAUCUCAUAUCAUUUCUCAUAUCACAAUUUCAUCAUAUUAUAUAUCGUCAUAUAUCACUUAUCAAAUCGUAUCAUAUCUCAUAUCAUACCUUAUAUCAUUUCUCAUAUGAUAUCAUCAUCAUAUAUCAUUUCAUCAUAUCAUAUAUCACUUAUCAUAUAUAUCAUAUCAUGUCAUAUAUCAUCAUAUCUUGUAUUAUUUCUCAUAUCUCAUCCAGACGAAGACGUAACGUUGAUGAGCUAAACAUAAGUCGGAGAUGACUCAAAUGUGAUGAGACGAAAGUGCGUUUACGUUGACGGGACGAGACGAAAACGACGAACAGAGUUGCAAAAUUACAGUUACUCUGAGGCCUCAGUCUGGAUUACUUGAGCAGUUUACGCCUAAAAAAAUAAGAUUUGAGUAAAAAGACGUGAUCAUCAUAAAGCACAUUUGUUGAACCCAAAACUUGGUUGAGUAGAAAAUCAAAAUACAACUUUGUCCCUCAGUAAAACCUUUUUUAAUUUUCACCUACAUGCAGAUACCUGUUCAUGGAGACAAAUUAAUACCCGACAGAUUAUGCUGGAUUACAUUCUGCUUGUGUUUGCUCUGCACACACCAAAGAUUGCAGAUAAGUGAUCGGUCGAUACUCGUCACACAUGAGGACCAGAACACCUCCAGUCCUAGAAUCCAAAUCCCCAUUUGCAGCGGAGGAAAUUCAGCUGUUUAACAAAACCGCUCUGGAUUUAGUGAUUAAGUGGAUGUUUGUGUAUUAUGUGUUUUAGAUCUGCUGUUUGGCGUUCCUGGGAAGUACACAGGGGUCAGUCACUACAACAGGAAGAGGGUGGUGACGUACACCAUCACUGUGGUUUUAUCCACCUACGAUGCGAGGUGAGUCACUUUCAAUAAUGUUUGAUUUGAUCCACGGCAGAAUGAAGCCUUUAAACGGCACUAAAAAAUACGGCGUGUCUUAAAUAAACACCUUAAAUGAGUCAUGUUGAUUGUCGACCUGUGCGUGUUUGUGUAUUCAGGUUCCUGGGCAGCCUGCGGGCCCGCCUGAAGCAGCUCCACCCAUCAGCCAACUGCAGCCUCAGAGACGACCACAUGGUCCACGUUCACUUCAAAGAGGAGAUCGGCAUCGCUGAGCUCAUCCCCCUGGUCACCACAUACAUCAUCCUUUUCGCCUACAUUUACUUCUCCACACGUUAGUCCACCUCUCUGGUUUUAUCCAGUUCUGACCCACUUUUUCUACUUUUUCUUUCUACUUAUUAAGUCAUAGAUCCAGACUUAGACCUCCUGUACCUUUUGUACAUUUAUAAUUGUGUGCCAGUGUUAUUCCUGUCUGGCACAGGGAUAAUCCUUUUACAGUGAGAGGGUUCACUGCUGUAAGAAAGUGGUCAGCUAACCCUGAAUAACUCACAAACAGCACAAUCGUUGUUACUGUAACAAACAGAAACUAAAAAUCAGAUCAGUUUCUCAUGUUUUCUUUUCAGAUGUAAUAUUUAAACUAAAAUGGCACUUUUUUAAUGCAGCGUAUUUGAAAUCUUGUCCUUUUUUUUGUUUGUUUUCGAGGAAACAAUUUUUUCCCAAUGUGAUGGUCUUUGCCAAUUAUUCGUAUAUGUGAUUGAUUUUAACCAAUUUGAAUGAAAAAUAUUUGGCUUUUGUGAAGUUUGCAGAAGAAGAGGCUUAAAAAUAUUUUUGACAAACCAAAAUUUAGAUUAAAGCUCCUGUGAGGAAGUUUAGGUUUGUGUUGUUUUGGCGCCCCCUGUGGACGAAGAAAUACUGUUCAUCUUUUUAAUCUUAUUUCUAAGAAAACAAAUCUCACUUCUUUUCAAAUGUAAUUUGCAAAACUAAAAUUUCACUUUUUUUAAAGCUUAUGUAUAAAAUCUUGUCCUUUUUUAGUUAUUGAGGAACAAUUAUUUCCCAUUGUGAGGGUUUUUGCGAAUUAUACAUAUAUUUGAUUAAUUUUAACCGAUUUGAAAGAAAAAUAUUUGGCUAGAUCUUUAUAGUUUAGUUUUCAGAGGAAGAGGCUUAAAAUAUUUUUCACAAAUAAAAAAACGAAACCAAGCUCCUGUAAGUAACUUAAAGUUUGUGUUGUUUUUGGCGCCCCCUGUGGACAAAGAGAUACUGUUCAUCUCCAAAUUUUUUAUUUUUUUUUUCAAAAAAAAAAAAUCUCACCCUUCUUUAAGUAAAUAAUAAAACAGUCUUUCUGAAAAUAAAAAAGCCGCUAAAGCUUGUGUAGUUAACCACCUCUUUUUGUUAUUAUCUUCCUUUAGAUUUCUAAAAACGGUUAAAUUGACCGAGUAAUACCUUCUGUUUUAUUAAACUGUCCUCUCUCCGCAGGUAAGAUCGACAUGGUGAAGUCUAAGUGGGGUCUGGCUCUGGCUGCUGUGGUCACAGUCCUCAGCUCUCUGCUCAUGUCUGUGGGACUGUGUACUCUGUUUGGACUCACACCGACGCUCAAUGGAGGGUAAGAAAACACCGUCUCUGGUUGUUGACCAAAACUCUUGCAGCAGUUUGGAAAGUUUGGUGAAAGUUUGCAUCUGCUGAACCGAGCUACAACUUCCACUUCAGUCAGACAUUUGGAGUUAAAUUUUUUGAGCUCUUUUUCAAAAGCCUCGGGUCAUUUUUAAUUCCCAAACUGGUCUCACGGAUGAAUAAAUUGCUGGAAAAGUUUAUUUGACUGAAAAUUCUGAAAACAUUUGGAGGACUCCUGAGAAAUUGUGUGUUCGUGUUUCGACUGAAUCGUUUGUAGUGAUUUUCUUUUUCCUGAGGCAACAACAAAACCAGCAGUUUGUGCUUUUACUGAAAGGUCUCAACAGCUUUUAAACCGAUUGCAAGGAUAUCAGUAAAGCACUAAAGAUGAAUUUGAAUGACUGUAACUGAGACGGUCAACGUCUAAUCCUGUGGUUUACAAGACACUGUGUGAACUAUCCAAACCAAAGAAGACUGCAGACUAUGAUAAGCGACCUCCAGCCUAACUUUGAGACAAUACCAGCUUUUUUUUUUGUCUUUUAAGUGAAUUAGAAAGAGAUGUCGUUCUUGGGUGAAAUAAAACGCCUUAGUAGUGUGAGUUUUAAUGGCAAAGGUGGUCAAACGGAGGCGUUCUGAUGCUGUUCUAGCCACGAAAUCUUCAAUGAUCUCACAUCUGAUGUAUUUGCAUAAAGCGAUCAGAUCUUGCUGCCGCUCUCUCUUCUCGAUAUGAGUCCAGUUAACGACACACUGACCAAAUUGAACAGUAAAAUUGCUCUUACAGUUCAUAGAAAUCACUCUAUGUCCCCGAUCGUCCCUCGCUUCAGGUAACAAAAACUGGUCCUUGGCUGGGUGAUAAACUGAAAAUUUACAGAUACUGAAAUAUAUGACAAUAACCAGCAUCAUUUUGCCGAUAAAGGUAUUGUAGGUGUCAAAAAAUAAAUAAAUCAAAGUUGUUUUUGGAUGUGUGUAGGUAGGUUAUGGUCUCAUGUCCCUUUAAGUCACUGUCCUACGUCAGAGACGUGACUCCACCCCAUCCAGUCCGUAACAAAGAGGGAAAGACAGAUGAGGAGAUGGAGGACGGAGAGAAAGUUGUAGCGGCUGAAGUAGACGAAGUUAAUGUGGGAGGGGGUGAGCAGCUUGUGGAGUAGUUAUCGUCUAUUUAUCGUUAUCGAGGUGAACUGAUCAAUAUAUCGUGAUAUUGAUUUGAGGCCAUAUCGCCCAGCCCUAACUGGUCCUACUCAGACCGGUUUAUGUGACCCAUUAGAUACAGAGUGUGUGUUCUUGUUCCUUAUUUACUGGUCAGUAAAACCUUUUAUUUUUUUUUAAUAAACUGCGCCCACAUAGGCCAGGAGCUACCGACGGUGAUCAUAUCAAUAUUUGAUAUUAGUCAUGUCGAUCAAUGAGGAAAAUAAACGUUUGUUUAAACGAAGUAAAUGUAUCAUCACCAGCUCUGCAGCCGCUCCACAGACCUCAUCAUGUCCUGUUAUUGACAUUCAAAUAGACUCAUAAUAUUUACUGCCCUAACAGGCUGUUCCUGUUUCAUUAUGAUCUCUUAUCUUAUUCACAGAAAGACAAGGACAGGUCCACUAACACACUAACACACACACACGCACACACACACACACACUGGCUUCCCACUUCCUCUACAUCGACUUUUUGUUAAUGUUUAAAGCGUGUGGGCAGAGAUCCAGCGUGUUUAUUUGAAUAAGGAAGAAUAAAAAGGGGACGCGUUUAUGGGCUGAGCUUGAAAAAGAGGCGGAGCAAUAACGAUGUUGACAUUAAGUGGUUGUCCAAUCGUUUUAGGAUCACUAGAAAGCAGACAUCAUGGCGUGACAACGGCACACUGUUGUCCAACCACUGAUCGAGAUCCACACAAGCACCACCAUGGGCUGUACUCGCCGUGUGUUUGCUUUAACGAACAUCAAGGCCAACACAACCAAGACGUGUGUACAAGCUAAACAUUGUGCCGACUCAUGGUGGAGGCCACACAGGGCUGCUGUGAUAGCUGUGUGUGUGCGUGUUUAUGUGUGCGGUGUUACUGAGUGCGUCUGAUGUAAUGUGCAGAGCUGUUGACUCCUCUGUGACCUGGUUAUACACUUACUUCUAAAGUACAAGCUUAUCUACGCUCUAAAUAAUCCUCCUGUACACUUAAACAGAGGGGAGAAAUUCCCCGCAGACGUUUGACAAAUAUUGAUAGAAAGAGUUCCUGGAGCUGCUUAAAAAGACUGAAAACCUUUGAUUGAAAUCUGAGCUGUAGAUAUUAUCUUUAGCUGAUUUAUCCUGUUCAUGGACCCCACUUCUGCUGCUCCUUUUCCUCAAAUACAAACUCACUGUACAAUUGUGUGGAGUAAAUAGAGAUGUAGGAUGUUUGAGUUUGCAGAUAUUUUGAUACGCAUGAUUUUCAAACUCGAUAAUACAUUUCUUUUUUCAAGUAAAAAACAUGUCUUCUUUUUUUACCUUUUACUUUUAUAUGAUGUUGACAUGUAACUCGUCAUUGCAUGCAGAAAUUGUAUUGUAUCAUAACGUAUCGUAUCGUACCGUAUCAUAUUGUAUCGUAUUGUACGGUAUCGUAACUUAUUGUAUCAUAACGUAUCGUAUCGUAUCGUAUCGUACUGUAUCGUAACGUAUUGUAUCAUAACGUAUCAUAUCAUGCCGUACUGUACUGUAUCGUAUCGUACUGUAUCGUAACUUAUUGUAUCAUAACGUAUCGUAUCGUACCGUAUCAUACUGAACUGUAUUUUAUCGUAUCAUAACGUAUCAUAUCAUGUCGUAUCGUACUGUAUCGUAACUUAUUGUAUCAUAUUGUAUCGAAUCGUAUCGUAUUAUACCAGAAACUGAAUGAAAAAUUGUUGAGCUCUUUUGUUAAUUAUUUUUGAUAAACUUUAAAGCUCCAUCAGUGGCAUCGCUGGAAUCAUGUUUGUCCCUUUUAUAAAGACCUUUUUAACGUAAAAUAGAUGAAUAAAUAGAUUUGAUGAAGCACGAAAGUAAGUAAAGUUUAUUUGAUCUUCACAAAAUGAUAACAACAAUAAAGAGAAUAAUAAAUACAAAACAAACUAAAAUACCAGUUAUAUCACAUAUUCAAUUACAGCAGAUGUUCAAAAGACAGUUUAAACAAAUGUGUCAAAUUGUUUCUCGAGCGAGAAGAGAUCCCUCAGAGGACAAACUUUAACAUCCAGGUAUCGUUCCCACACUGACUGACGGCUUACCUGAUGAUUCACUCCAACGUCUCGUAGGUAAUGAUCUUAAUGGCCUCACAUUUGGUUAUGUAGAAAGGACAUGGCUCCUGGUGACAUGACUCAUUGGAGUUUCUGUUGAGACACGCUGAAGUGUUGUGGUUUUUCUUCAGAAAGGAACAUUUGCACCACCACGUUCAGUUUUACCCCCUUCAGUCCUUGUUUAGGGAACUUUCUGAACCAGGACCUGGAGCCAAAACUUUUGAGUUCGAAGUCAAACUUCUUGUGUGAAACAGUUUUAAAGAGUGUUGGAUCACCUUGACCUUGGCCUAGAUGUUUAUUUUUAUAAGCUUUGUUUAAAAUGUUUCAACUCUGCAGAUAUCACAAGAUGACUUUGUAUGAAAGGAAGACGGUUUUGGUUCGAUUUGUUUCACAUCACUUCCCCUGUUUUCUGUCCACAGGGAGAUUUUCCCGUACCUGGUGGUGGUGAUCGGUCUGGAGAACGUUUUAGUCCUCACCAAGUCUGUGGUGUCCACCCCGGUCGACCUUGAGGUCAAACUUCGUAUCGCUCAGGGUAAGAACAGAGAUUUGUAGACACCUGUCUUCAGGACGUUCCUCUUAUUUCACUCUAAAUGUUGUUUUUUCUCUCCUUCAGGCCUUAGUAAUGAGAGCUGGUCUAUCAUGAAGAACAUGGCCACUGAAUUGUGCAUCAUCCUCAUCGGGUAUUUCACGCUGGUGCCAGCUAUCCAGGUAACAAACGAUGCAGUUUAUCCUUUUUGAGUCAUUGACUGGUUUAUUGUAGAAACUUCCCUCUGAUGGUCUCGUGGUCCUGGUGGUUUUUGUGUCCUACAGGAGUUCUGUCUGUUCGCUGUCGUGGGGCUGGUGUCUGACUUCUUCCUGCAGAUGUUCUUCUUCACCACAGUGCUGUCUAUAGACAUCAGACGCAUGGAGGUGAGAAGUCAGGAAAAUGAACAUGAACCUGAAUCAUCUAUAUGAUCAUUAUGAAAAUCUUCAAUAUUCUAACUGAGACUCUCUGCUCUGAGCAGAUGUGGGUCAGAUGGCAGUCACAUACAUUCAGCACAUAGUUUUCAGAUUAUAACUCUGAUUAACCACAUGUGCAGGUCUUAUGUAAAACCUCUUACUGCUCUACAUCUGGUCCUUAGCUCAGUGCGCUGUUAGCUGAGUGUUGGCCCCUUAAACCUUUACAUUAAUGUGCUCAACAAAAAGAUAUUCGAGCACCUUUAAGCCCUUUAUCCUCAGAAUAAAGGGUUAACAUGAAUGUAGAUAAACAUUUUUAACAUCUUCAUACUGAUUUUCUCUGAGUUUAGAUCAAAUUUAAAAUCAAUAACCUGAGAUUAUUAAUCGUAUAACUCCUCAGUUGGCUGACCUGAACCGCCGCCUGCCAGCCGAAGCAGGACUACCGCCGCCUAAGCCAGGCCCGCUGCGUCCACGUGAGGUCCCCCCUCCGCCUCGACCCUCCCCCCACACCAUCACCCUGCAGACCCCGGCCUUCAGGAACCUGAGGCUGCCUAAGAGGCUGCGUGUGGUGUACUUCCUGGCCCGAACACGCCUGGCACAGCGCAUCAUCAUGGUGAGGUUAUAAUUCAGAGUGACCUGUUUUCUUUCACGCCGUGUCUGCUCCUUCCUUUCUACAUUUACAGGUGCUGUAAAUGCUUUAAAUACUUUUGAGUGUAGCUGAAGACUUGUUGGGAGAUCACUGUGCCCAGAUCAGUUUUUUCUAAACUGAAAUGAUAGCAGGCCCAGAUAGAUUAAUGCUGUCUGGAAAUAUAAUCUUUGAAUGAAAACUGGAAGAUAAAGCUAAAGAUAAACUUUUCCAGCCCAAGAAUGAACGUCUGAUGUUGUGAUUGUUGACGGUAAAGACGGCAGAGAUAAGUCGGGACGUGACGCACAAAGUAAUCACCUCUGUCGGAGGAAGUGCCCCCCCUUCUCAUUCAGUGUAAAUACCUCUAUUGUCACGUUUUAUGGAAAAAUCAUUAAACGAGUUUAAACAGUUACUGGACAGGAAUGUGAAGGAAGUACGACACGGUCUGGACAUGAUCUAAACCCAAACAGGACUUUGAUUAUCUUCUUGAUUUAAAGUCUCCGCCAAAUUAAAGCUGAGGUUUAUUUUUGACCUCCAGGUUGGCACGGUGAUCUGGAUCGGCAUCCUCGUCUACACCGACCCAGCUGGAAUUCGCACCUACCUGGCCGCGCAGGUGUCCGAGCAAAGCCCCCUGGGAGACCCCGGAGGAGCCGGUCUGCCUCCUCACAUCGGCGUGGCCCCCGUCUUUCGUGGAGGAGACCCUACAAGCACCCUCAGCAUCCACCCCGCUCCAGAUCCAACUCCCUUACCCGAGAACCAAUCACAGGGCCACCACGGCCCAGCAAGGGCGGGGCUCCUCCCCCAGGCUCCGCCCUCUGUGCCGCAGAUCACCUGGGGGGCCGAGGACGAGGAGGGCUGGAGGAGGCUGUCCUUCAGACACUGGCCGUCUCUCUUCGGUUACUACAACGUCACUUUAGCGAAGAGGUGAGUGAGGAGGGGGCGUGGCUUCUGUUUAACCAUGAAAGCAGUAGGCGGUUUAGAUUUGGAUCAGGGACUCAUGGUCUUAAUGGUCCUCCUGUUUCAGGUACAUCAGCAUCCUGCCUGUCAUCCCCGUCACCGUUCACCUGAGCCCCCAGGACGCCAUCGAGACGCGUCACCCACAGGACACCAGACACCCUCCUCCAUCCAUCCCCAAAGUGUCUGCAGAUCUACAGACGGACCUCACCCUCUACAAGUCAGUCCUACCUGCAGCAAACACACACACACACACACACACACACACACACACACACACACACACACACACACACACACACACGUUAAAUUUCACCCUCGAUUUAAAGACACUGAAUUCUGGUUUCUUAUUUAUAAAUCCGUUUAAAACACUCAGGAUGAAUUAACUCUUUCACAUCUCGAAGUGAAUUAGUCAGAAACCUCUUUGGUUGUUUUGUACUUCAGCGGAUAAAUAAACGCUCUUGGCCUUGAGUUUCCAUCAGAUCGUCAUUGACCUGAUUUCACAGCUGUAAUACUUCCUGCAGGAGUCUUCAUUAGGAGCUGAUUGUGGUCAAGGUCAUGCUCAGCACUCACGUUCAUCUCUAUCACAGACUGAAGGCCACCUCUGGGCAUGAAUUCAACACGUUUGAGUUUUUGUUAGAAGAGGUUGAGUUGAGGUUGAACAUUGAAGCGAAUUGAAGCAUGUGAGUAUUUUCUGUUUGGGUUUGACUCUUGGAUCUUCACGUUGUCUCGAGUUUCUCCUCGCCGGCUGUCGUCUCACCUGAGGGAACGAGAGAAAAUAAAUGGAUCUAAGAAAAAGGAGGUUACUGUGUUUUCUGCCUUUGGCAAGUAUCGCCUCUCCCUGACUGGACCGGCCUGUCGGACCGGUUUCUUUAAAAAUCAUUUGUGAUUAUUUUGAUGUAACAGCAGGGAGGAGGAGGAGGAGGAGGAUUUCUUAUCCUAACUGUCUCUGAACCUGAACAAAAAAAGUGUAACAUGGAUUAAGUUUAAUCUACUCUUGAGUUUUUAAAGUUGUAGAAAACAUGAAUUCUCUGAAUCUGCUCUGAAAGUAUUGAAGCCUUCAGCGGUUUAUCUGCAGAUGACUGAGAUAAGAUAUGCCGGUCAUAUUUUCAUCUUUAAAUCGUGUUUGUCUUCUGUUGCGAAUUUUGCUUUUUGUUUGUUUGUGUGAUCCUGCAGAUUUUUUAGCUUUUUACAUUUCAAAAACAUUUUCUGUAGAAGUUUGUGUGAUGAAGGGAAAACUGUUUGAGGAUCCUUUUUUUGAAAAGAGCAUCAGCAGUUUCUACCUGUAACUCCAAGAAUAAACUUUGGGUUAGGGGUGGGCGAUAUGGGAAAAAUUUCAUAUCACAAUUUUAUCAUGAUUUUUAUCAUGAUUUUCACAUAUAAAAAAGUUACUUUUAUCAACAUGUAACACAUGAAUUAUGUGGGUAAAUUAAAAUGUGCUAACUUAACUUCUAAAAUUCUGAUUUAAGAGGGCAAGAAAUUGAUUUAGACACGUUAGGGACACAGUGCGCACUACAGACGGCUCUACAGUCUCUGCGCUUCUUUUUAAUCCUUUAUGAUCUAAAAUCGUCAGAUUGCACGCCCUCUAAUUUGGGUAAAUUCUUGAGACCGUUGCAUGAAUAAAAAAGACCUAUCACCUUCAAAAUUCAGCUUUCACUCCUUUACUCUGACCCAGUAAAAAAAUUUUGGACUCUUAUUCAACAACGUCUUCAUAGUUUCUGGUAAAAGAGUGACGGUCCCGCUGUUACAUUACAUCUGUUUUAAUCAAAUACAAACAGACUCAGACUGAUUAUUGUAAAACUUUGGUAACUAAGAUCUAAUCUGAAAUCAUUUAGUCAGAUCUUUAAAGUCCGGUCCUUCGUUCAGCUCCUCUGCAGAGCCUUCGGUCCACUCUUCACUCCUCACUGUGCUGCCGGCGUUGUGUAAGGCGCUGAAGGUUGUUUCAUCUUUGGACAGUAGAUACGAAGGUUAUCAGCUGAAGUGGGGUCAGGGUCAGGACCUUGAAGUGUCAGCUGAGUUUACAGGCUGUUUAGAUGACCCUGAAACGGAGAGAAGGCCACUGUGGCAGAGGUGAGGACCCUGAUACGACCAGAUUCAGGGAAGGUUACAACACAGAAGAUGCUUCUCCGAUCUUUGACAGCGUUAGCGAUCACAUGAUUAAGUGUGUUCAUGUUUACUCAGAGGGGGUUCAUGAAUUAAAGGAGUGUUACCUGUCAAAAGGAAGGAAGAGUGCUCUUAACUUUGUUGACUUUGUUGAAACAAGGAAGUCCAGGAAGAGUUUUUGCUCCCGUCUGUCUGUAAUCAGGUUUUCUCUGAUACUAUAACAUCUCUCAGGUCUUUAAAAUCCAUCUGUACUCACAGGUUUUCAGUGAAACGGUGAGUCUGUGGGUUUUUAGAGCUGAUCACAUCACAGCGACAAGUUUCAUUAUCACAGCUCUGCCACAUUUCACAGCGGAGAGUCCAUGUGUGAGCAGGUGGACAGUUUCAGACGCUGUUGAAGGUCUGAGUUUGAGUAGAGAGAUAAUUUAUGGAGAAAGGAUGAAAGUUCUCAGUUUUCAUGUCUUCAACAAUUUUAUUUUUCUUGUUUUUGGUGAAAUAAAAACUGUUUGAUUUAUUAGAUUAUAAAAAGUCAGCUCAUCUGUUUACCUCUGAGUCCGUAUUUACCUCCUCUGUCGUCUCUUCUUUCUCUCAGGGUCGCCGCUCUGGGCCUGGCAGCCGGCGUCCUGCUGGUUCUGCUGCUCUUCUGUCUUUACCGGGUUCUCUGCCCGAGGAAUUACGGGCAGAACGGCAUCCCACACGGGCGCCGGCGCCGCGGAGACCUGCCGUGUGAUGAUUACGGCUACUCACCCCCCGUCAGUGAGAUCUCCCCUCUGCUGCUCCGGGGCCACAGCAUGGUGAGGACGGACGAAGAGGCACAGACUGACAGAGAUAAUAGUACAUGGGUGAAAUGUUCAAACGUCUGUCUCUCCUCCUGCAGGACAUCGAGUGUUUGGCGAGUGACGGGAUGCUGCUGGCCAGCUGUUGUCUGGCAGGACAGAUCCGGGUCUGGGACGCUCAGACUGGAGACUGUUUGACUGUGAUUCCAAAACCGGGGUGAGUUUUCAGAACCAGAACCUCAAUAAUUAUUUAAAAUUAAACCUUUGAUUAUUUUCCUAUUAGACUUAGCUGAAGUACCUGUAAUUGCACCCUAAAAUACUCAGGGAUAUUACCAGCAGACAUGGCAACAGUGGAGGAGGUCACUCGACGAGUUUGUGUGUCUGUUUGUUUGUUCCCCCUGCUGCUGUGAAGUCGGUCACCUCAGCUCUGUCUCCAUGCUGCCCCCUGCUGUCUCUGACCCUCAGAUGCACUGAGACUCUGUUUUUUUUCUCCUCAGGUUGAGGCGAAGCAGCAGCAGUGGUUGCUGGGAGCAGCGUGACGGCUGGGAUAGUGUGGGCGGAGCCUCAGAGUCGGACUGUUUGGGCUGUGACGCCCGCGGCUCCUCCAUCGGCGUUGACGGUCUGUUUGAGGAGGAGGAGGGUUACCCUCUGAGACGCCGCUCCGCCCCCCGACCCGCUCUGUUCAACGACCAGCCCGACCUCACCCCGCUCAUCGACACCAACUUCACCUCCACGCCCCCCUCCCACCUCCUCGCCACCCCGCCCAGAGCGGGCUUUGACUUCGGAGGUCUGGUGGAGCGGGCGUACAUGGAGCAUGAGCCCCCGUCACCCUCCGCCUACCCCUCUCCUUCCUCCGCCUCCUCGUCUCCGCCUACAGGAGCUCAGCUGCAGAGGAGACCCAGUUUAGGGGACAUAUCAGCAGCUUCACCCCCGGAGAGGGGCUGUACGUCGGGGCCGCAGGCAGACUGGGAGAGCUCGGUGUGGGCGAUGGAGCUGAGAGGGAACCUGAUCGCUGCGGGGAGGAGCAGUGGGAAACUGGAGGUGUGGAGAAGGAACACUUUCUCUGAUUUAGCUCCUCUUCUGAUUUCUUGUAUUCAGGCAUAUACUUCUGUAUAUUUCAGGACGUCUUCCAGUCUUUUUGACCAUAAAAAUCUAUUUUCCUCAUAGUUUUACUUCAGUGGAAGCAGAUUUGUGAUUUACAUAUGUUUUGUUUCAGUUGUGGGACGCAGUGGAAGGAUCGUUACGCUGCAGUAACGAAGACGGGGUCUCUGGGAUCACAGCUCUGGCCUUCCUCAACAACAGGUGAGACCCUCACUGCUGAUUUUCGCUUUCGACAUUUCUCACUUGUUUGUUUAAUUUUCUUUCAUUCAACCAUUAAACUCAGAAACCUUUUUUUUUCUUGGUGACAUUAAUUCAGCUGCUCUAAUUUAGUUAAUCCUCCAAACAAAAAGCAGGAAUAAUUUCUGUGUGAGGCCGUUUAAGAGGGAUUUUCUUCACUUGUAGACAACUCAAGUGGAUGAAGUCAGCUCUGUUUCUUCAUUUUGCACAUAAAUAUGAAUCCUGGUACUUUUAAUUAAAAAACUAACUUAAAUUAACUGUGACCUUCUGUGUUUUUCCUCCUCUUCCUCAGGAUCGUAGCGGCUCGGCUGAACGGGUCUCUCGAUUUCUUCACGGUUGAGAUAAACAAACCUCUGUGUCUGCUGCAGUACAGAGGUGAGACGCCACACUUUAUUACAUCUUAUGUUUUUAAUUCAGCAGGUAAAAAUGGAGCUGAAAGUGAAAGAAAGUAAGGCAAGUGAUUAAAUUUACUCCUUUCUUUGUCUCGACAUUGUGAUAAAUAAAGUUUCAGUCUCGUCGGGAGAAUCAGGAGUCAAAUAAACGUAAAAAGAAAACGACACAAUUUUAAAAUUCAUCAUCGCAGCUUUCAAAGUAAAAAAAAUACGGAAACUGAAAGAAGGAUGAAAACAAAUGUUUCCUCCUCCUCCUGGUUCAGGCGCUCCGGGGCGCAGCACCGUGCCGCCCUCUCCCUGUUACAGCAGCGAGGACGUGAUCAGCUGUCAGCUCACUCGCUCGGUUCAGUGCGCUCACCAGAAGCCGAUCACCGUGCUGCGAGCCGCCGCCGGGAGGGUGGUCACGGGCAGUCAGGACCACACAGUCCGGGUAUGAAACACAAACACACCUCGUCUUAGAAACAUGAAUUUAGCUUCAUGCAGGUUUUCUUGUUUUUAAAAACUCAGAAUCCUCUAAAGUCUCUAAAUCCUGUUUUUGUUCAGAUUUAUCGUCUGGAGGACUCGUGUUGCCUCUUCACCCUUCAGGGUCACUCUGGAGGGAUCACAGCCAUCUACAUAGACCAGGUCAGUCAUGAACCCCCCUCUGGUACUGGUCUACAGGAUAUCACCAUGACAACAGAGUUGUCUUUUUGUCAUAUUUGGUAUUUUUUCACACGAGUACGAUUGUUCUCUGUUUUUACUCAGACGAUGGUUCUGGCGAGCGGUGGGCAGGAUGGCGCCAUCUGCCUGUGGGACGUCCUGACAGGCAGCCGUGUCAGCCACGUGUAUGGUCACCGUGGCGACGUCACCUCUCUGGUCUGCACCACCUCCUGUGUCAUCAGCUCAGGGCUGGAUGACCUGAUCUGUAUCUGGGACCGCAGCACCGGGAUCAAGCUCUACUCCAUACAGCAGGUCCGCUCUCAGAGGUGGUUAUCUCUGUUCGUAUUGAUGGCGUGAAUAAAGUGAUUAACUCGCUCUCUCUCUCCUCACCAGGAGGCGGGUUGCGGGGCCAGUCUAGGCGUGAUCUCCGAGUCCCUCCUGGUGACAGGGGGCCAGGGCUGCGUCUCCUUCUGGGACCUGAACUUUGGGGACCUCCUGCAGACCGUCUACCUGGGACAGAGCAGCGACGGUCAGGGCGUCCGGCAGCUGCUGGUGCUGGACAACGCCGCCAUCGUCUGCGACUUCGGCAGCGAGCUCAGCCUGGUGUACGUGCCGUCAGUUCUGGAGAAACUGGACUGAGGAGGAGGAGGGCGCUCUCUGGACGUCUGUUUCCCUCUUUCAGCGCUUUCUUUAGACCGUUUCCUGACGGGAUGUAAAACGAACAAGCGCAGGACUGACGUAGACGAGGACGACCCAGUCAAGACUUUUACCCGGAUGGUUCUGGAUGUUCCUCGCUCAUAGAGGAGUCACCAGUUUGUGCUUUUGCGUGAAAGUGUGUGUGCGUGUUUUGUUUCGUGGCUCUGCCCUCAAUGCUGCUGACAUGGGCGGGGCUUCACUGUGACCCCGCCCACCCCAGAGGAAGAUAAACUGUCUCCUUAUUUUUUAAUAUUCCUGCUGCCUCUUGUUGCUCGACGGCGAAGGUGCAGCCGUAGCGAGCUCAGCGGGUCUGUUGGGACGAGCUGCACAGUGAUACGUUCGCGUGUGUAAGUGUGUGUGUGUGAGUGUAAGUGUGUGUGUGUGUGUGUGUGUGUGUGUGAAUGAAUCCAGGCUCUUUUUAAGAUGAAACCCUGCUGAGAACAAAAACUGUGUGUGUGUGUGUGUGUGUGUGUGUGUGUGUGUGUGUGUGUGUGUGUGUGUGUGUGUGUGUGUGAGGGAGAUCAGCUGAUUACUGUACAGAGUGGACCUCCAGAGGGGGCUGUUUUUAUAUGUAUAAAUCUAUUAUUUAUUAGCGAUCCGUUUUGGAAUAACAGUUUUGUUUAUGACUUGCUAAUCCCGCCUCUUAAAGGAGAAUAUAUCCAUGUGGAAACGAUGACCUAACUGUUCGCUGGUGAUGAUUUGGGGCUUCGGUGAUAAAGGAGGUUUUUCUUGAUACUGAACUGGAAACAUUGAAGUGUUGUUUUAGAGACGGGGACCUGCAGGACCUCGGAUCCUGGGGUUACUGAUGCUGUAUGAGGGGCCCCCUGCAGCCCCUCCGCCCCCCACCCCCCUCCGCGUGCUAAACCUUCAUCAGGCUACCUCCGUUUUUCCAAACUGCUUGAAUUUUAGGUGAGAAUCCUGAAGUCAUGUUUACAAUGACUGCUCUUUUUAUAAUGAUUUUUGCAUAUUGUGCCCUUUAGAGAUUUUAUUUUUAACUGUAACUUCAAAGUUUUCCCACCCAGGCCACAAAAACAAACAAACACACGUCUGUCUGUUCAGCACUUCAUGUUGGUGUGAACUUUGAUGAAGUUCGUCUUAAACCUGCAGAAGCUUUCCUAUAAAAUAUCUGAAGAAAUGAAGCGAGAGUGACGAAUGAAAGCUGUAAUUUACCCAGCAGCUCAUGUUCUGAUGUAUCCUUAAAAAAACAAACUCCUAAUUUAGGGUGACCAUACGUCCUCUUUUACCCGGACAUGUCCUCUUUUUGUCCAGGGGAGUUUAUAAAAUCCUUCAAAUGUCUGUGGUUUUGUACGGAAGUUUCCGAGUUUGUGUCACGUGGACUUAGUGAGUUAGAAUCAUGUAAAAAACACUCGAUCUGACCCGAAAGACUCUUUUGGGGAUUCAGAAUAUGGUCACCCUACCUAAUUACUCCUACAAGCUUAAAAUACCAGAUUCACUCAAAUUCUUCCUGCAGAGCUUAAAUUUUCUUGCUCCUAAUUUACAGAAGGGAGAUUUUUUCAGUUUCCAGUAUGAGAUUAAAGUCAAAAUUUCGAGAUUAAAGUUGAAAUUUAAAAAAGCAGAAAUUUUGACUUUAUUCGUGUCGACUUUAAUGUCCAAAUUUCAAUUUUAAUAUCAGAAUUAUGAAAUUUUUUAUAACAUUUCAACAUUUUGGUAUCUCAAACUUCUGACUUUAAUCUCGAAAAUUACAUUUUUAAUCCUGAAAUUUUGACUUUAUUGACAUAAUUUCGAUUUUUUUAUCUCAAAAUUUCAGUUUUAAUCUCAAAAUUUGGGCUUUAGUCUCGACAUUUCGACUUUAAACUCCUGUGGCCCUAAUCCUCUUUCUUGGCAUAUGUGACGGUUUCGCCUCCAGUUUCCACCUCUAAAAAUGAUCUUUGUGGAAAAAUACAUAAACACUUAAACAUGGAACCAAAAUGCUGAUCUUUGACACAUUGACUGGGGUGCUGAUUGGUCGGUUCAUUUAGAAGAAAAGACAUCAGGAUUUAAAUGGUCAUAGUUUAAAUUAAAGGAAAAGAGGUCCAUUUUUGGACUUCUAACCCUGACCUGAACUUCCGUUUUCCCUCUGAGCAGCAGCUGAAGAAUGAAGCUCUGCAGGUUUAAGACCGACACCAAACACAGAGAGAAUGUAUUUCCUCCAGAUCCUCCACCGUCUGCUGUGGCUUUUAACUGAAUGUAGUCCCGAUUAUGGUUCACCGAACAAAACCUGCAUCGAAAUCCUUCACGGUAUCGCAUCACAACACUACUUCAGAGCACUUCUUACUCACCCUCUCGCUCUCGUUUGGCACUUUGGCGAACUUCAGCGUACUUACAGGAAAACGUCUUUUAACUUGCAGACUAAUUUCACUCUUCACAGGCAGCAUUCGUAAACACGCACACUGCAGACUUGUUGAGGUUGAAGGUCACCGGUCUGGUUUUAAGGAGCGCAGCGACAAAGAGGAUCCUAAAAAAACAAGCAGCUAGUAUUGAGGGUAUUUAGACGAGCCCACAGAAACCAGACCUGAGACCUCCUCAUCGACGUUACCUGUUAAUUUAUUAGCUUUGUGUUUUCUUUUUUGUUGUUAACCGUAGUUUAAAACUUUAGGACGGGGGUCAAAUGUAGGUUUUAGUUUUAUUUCUGUUUUCUCGCAGAAGUUGGAGAGCAGGGGAACAGUUUCACUUUGUGGUGGAGAGUUGAAACGAGAAGAUUGACGUCGCUGACUGAUACUGAACUGGACCUUCAAAUAGGGUCUUAAGUUCAGUACGAUUCAAUCAAGUUAAAAGUAUGUUAGUCGUUGAGUAUUCUUGUACUCAUGUGCGUAUAGGGACCAUUUUCAGAUGCCAGGAAACUGCAGAUCUGUCUGUUAAAUCCUAACAUGAUCAGGAACUAGGACCACUAACUCAUCGUUUACACUGACAAGAACCUGUUGGUACAACGCAGGAUUUGAUUUCAAUUUAUGAAUUAUUCCCAGUAAACAAAACAGUAUAACACAAUCUUUUACAUCUAAUUUCUAUCACAUAGGCCCUCUGACAUCCUGUAUCAUUACAAUUGAGUUUUUUUAGGAGUCUGAACAAAGAAAAAAGACGCAAAAAUAAAUUUACAGGUGAGAUUCUUCAAGUAUCUCAUUUCUAAUAUAAUUUGUCAGUCUACUAAUGUUGCAAUAACUCCAUUAUUUUUCCCCAUUUUCAACCUGAUAUGUUAAUUUAGAAUAAAAGAUGAUUGAAGAGGAUUUUCUUACAUUUUUAGUGACUUGAAGCAUUUUUUGGAAUUUAUAAAAUAAACUGUUUUUCCAUAAAACUGUCUCAAAAAAUUGAUUAUUUUUUGCAUGCGUAUCACUGCAGCAUUAUACGAUGAAAGCAAGUAAAGUUCAUUAUUGUAUCAGCAGGUAAAAGCUUAAAAUGUCAAUGAUCAGUGUCUGCAGAUAUGAGAAUUUCUGUUUAUGUAAAAACUGAAAAAAUGAAGCAUUAAUUCUGCACAACAAUGAGCUGAAACAUGGUGGCUGUUCAUCGACGUAUUAUCAGAUAUAAGCAGAAACCCAAAUAUUAAACAUACUCAAAUAAACAACAGUGAGUCAUUAAAGGUUAUUUGAAGUCUUCUGUAGAGACGUUAACUGUAUAAGAAGUUUGUCAAUCUCCUCGUGUGACUCUCCGCCAUAAAUGGAAAUAAAAGUCGGAUUAUUCCUUUAAAGAGGGAGGGAGGGUGUGGGAAUGUCAGUGAAGUCUUAGCCUUGGUGUUUUUGGCCUCGAGCAUCGAUCCAUAUCUAAGAGGACUUCCUGCCUGGUUCCAGUAAAUUUACUGUUUAUUCAUCCCUGCAGAUCCACAUCAGGAGUUUGUGGAAACGACCAAAGUGAGAAAAAGUGUUUUCAUCCUCCAAACAAAAGCAGAGCUCUGAUGAUUUUAACACUUUGUGGUCCACUUUUGAUUAUUUCUCCCUCUGCAGACUUCAGAGAAAUAAGAGCUGCAUGAGGAAAUAAACAGUCAACUCUAUGAAAACCCCUCUUUUGCUCCUCCCCAUUCUCUUUUCUCCUCCUGUCAUUGGCUGGCUACGAUCUACACGGGCUGUAGUAGUGGAGAUAACUUAUUUACUGUUUUGUAACACAAAAGAAGCGCAAGACUUUUUACUAAUUUUCAAAUAAAGAGGCUUUGAUACCAGGUCACUUUUCAGUCUACUGGAUUUAUUUGACUUUUUUCUUUUUUUUACAAUAAUAAACAAAUGAUUACAGUUUUCUUAAAUACUUAAAUCUGAUUGGUUUAUCCUCCAUAGCAGCAGUGUAUUAUUUCUCAACAGCACACUGUUGCCAUGGAAACAGCUCUAGUCACAGACUCAAAUAGUCAUUUCUAAAUCAAAAUAACUCCUUUAUCAAGAAAGUAGGCAUGUAAUGAAUGGAAUGGUGUAAAGUGAGCAGGUUGUACCUACUGUUUAUUGGAGAGACGAGACCCUCAGCUGCUCACCCUGUCCUCGCCCCACAGAAAUCUGUGUGUUUUUUGUUUAUGGAAUAUCUGGAUGAGGCCUCAGCGUUACUGUCACCCUGCUGACAAAGUCUGACACAACACUUGCACCCAACAAUCCCUGUUUCAUGGCAGCACAUGAGCUUUCACGUCUAUUUCAUUCUGGAUUAGCCUAAAGGUUACACCAAAGUUAACCCACUUUAGACUCACCAAGGCUGUGUCUCAUUUCAGAGACCGCAUCGCGCUAAGUGCACUUCUGCGCCGUCGAACGGUGCAUUUAUAGCGUGCAUGACGUCACGACGGCGCGAACGUUGUCCCAUUUGGCACGAGAUGUUAAGAAAUGCUAAGCGCGUUUAGCAUUUUUUCAAGCGUGCACGCUUUCGUGCCGUCGGUAUCCCAGAAUGCUUUGCGUGCCGCUGCACAGCUGCGCAUUUCAGGUGAGAGGCUGGACUCGCUUGGAGACACAGCGCGUCUUCAAAGAAAAUACAAGAAAUCCAAAACCAGCAGACAGUCAGCUCAGGCUGUAUGAGAGCAUGAUCUCUGAACUCACUAAAAUCUGUAAACCAAACAUUAUAGAUUUAGAGAUAAACUGAUCCGCUCUGCUACAACUAUCAAAAACAUUAGAAAUAAGAAAGCCCACAAAACUACAGCAGAUGAUCAGGACAACAUUGAGGUUUUGUUUCUUUUAAGAUUUAGAGAUUAAAGUUGUAAAUUUAGGAGAAUAAAGUCAUAAAGUAAAUGAAGUCAUAAAGCUGCUUUUGUGGAGGGGGAAAUGACUGAAGCUGGUCAUCUGCAGGGUUAUCUGUGGAUGUAUCAGCGGGUCAUUAAGAGAGAUUUUGUGGUUUCUGAAGAAACAUCAAACUGAUGAUGAUCAACAUUUGUGAUCCAGAGGGAGUCGAGCUCCGACGAGCACCAUGUCUCUGACACCGGCGGUAGCCUACACCUGCAGAGACACCAACACCUUAUUAUGGCAUAUAAUAAUAACCCCCCUCCAUCUUCAUGCUGUGAUUUAUAAGGUUUCCUGACAUGCGUCACACUUGGUUUUGCAGUAUGAAGUUAUUCUUUGUCUUUGUUUUUGGACUCAGAUGUGGUUUCAGAGCAGCAGAGAUCGACUCCCUUUUUCCUGCUAAAUAAAUCAACGAGAGACUUUUGUACUGGGUCAGGUAUACGACCUCCAUUUGAGCCAUUUUCACUCAUGCAUUUUUGGGCACCCCUUCUGAGACGAUGAGAUACACCCUGAAGAAUGUGUGUACCAAAUUUGGUGCUUUUAUCCACCGCAUAACAAUUUGGCCAUUUUUUCAAGUGAACAGACCCUACUAUGAGGUGAUGUGUUCGAGCCUUUUUCGGGACAAGGUGAAUUUUGAAUUUUAGUGUCUUGACAGGAAAUUGAAAGAGGAAACAAAUGGUAUAAUCCUGUGUCUCCAAGUGGCCCAGAGGAUAAGAACACUGACUGGGAUUCCUGAGGUCACAGGUUCGAGUCCAACCUUGCCCAGUUCUAAGUGAAUUUUGAAAUCUAGUGUCCACAAAGUACAGUGAUAUAUGAAAAAAAAACAUGAUGGUCUUCUGUGUCCACAUGGCUCAGGGGAUAAGGAGACUCACUGGUACUCCUGAGAUCGUGGGUUCAAGUCUUACCCUGUCCAGUUCUAGGAGAAUUUUAAAGUCUCGAGUCCACAAAGGACAGCGAUAUGUGAAAAAAGAACCCAAUUCUCUUGUGUGUCCACAUGGCUCACAGGAUAAGGAGACUGACUGGGACUCCUGAGGUGGUGUGUUCGAGCCUUUUUUGGGACAAGGUGAAUUUUGAAGUCCAGUGUCUAGACAGGAAAGUGAAAGAGGAAACAAAUAGUAUAAUCCUGUGUGUCCAAGUGGCUCAGAGGAUAAGAACACUGACUGUGACUCCUGAGGUCAUAGGUUCGAGUCUUACUUUGCCCACUUCCUGGUGAAUUUUGAAGGUCUAGAGCAGUGGUCUCCAUAUGGCGGACCGCGGUCCACUUCUGGACCGGGAAAGAGUCCAAUACGGACCCGAGCCUACCGCAGAAAAAUGUAUGUUUUUUUCUCUCUUGCAGGCCUGCACGAUAUACGUGUGCGAUAGUCACAUCGCAGAGCCUGCGAUGUCGGAGGUGAAUGAACUCAGUUAAUUUCAAGGGUAGCUGACUAGAUACACUGCAUGUGACUCAGCAUGUGCUUUGCAGCGAUCCACCAAUCACCUUUGUCAUUUACUCAGUUACCAAUCAGACUCACUUCUCAGUUGCCAAUCAGACUAUCCUGCCAGCUGUCAAUCAAAAUCAGAGAGGAGGAAACCCAUCCCUGCACAUGUUCUGCACAUGGAGUAAGACGUGUCCGCUGAGAAUUACUUUCGGAACUUUACUGACUGUUAAGCCCAACAAAUAAGAACUGUAUGGGUUUUAAAAUGUAUAUUUCCGUGGACCACUCUACUACAAGCAGUGCGCGUUUUGCGAGGUGCAUGCAAUUCUCGGCACAACACCGCUAACAACAACAAUGGUACAGUGAUAUGUGAAAAAAAACAUGAUUGUCUCGUGUGCCUACAGGGGCCCUCUGCUCGGCCGCCGGCCAUCCGCCCGCCUACAAUCCCCCCAUAAACCCUUCUCCCCAUCCUUACUCUAAAGUUCAGCCU